AUGAUGGUUCCAAAGGAAGUGAGCGGAAUCAAUCCGCAUGCGGCGCUCACUCUAAUGUCUCGGAAUGAUAGACAAGUGGAGAAAGUUCGAGGCGAAUCUGACGCCGACUUAUACACUUACCCAUCAAGAGGCAUAUCCCUGGUCACCCUCUACCACCCCUCAAAGCCACCGCCUAACCUGCCACCUCUGCUACCAGCAUUGCGGGCCGCAUUGGUCACGACCUGCAAUCUGAAUGGCAUAUCCCCUAAGGCUACAAUAGGUUCUAUAUCGGAACACCAGCAAAAGCUUUUAAGCCCGUUACUGAAGCAGCAAGGCCGACCAUUACACCACCUGCAUGUUCGAGAGCUUCUUAACCUUCCUCCUUCUCCUCCUCUGCCGUUUUUUCCUUCUGCAUCUUCUUACCCGUCCGUGCAAUUAACCUCCCCUCCACUUGUUCCUCCUCCUCCUCCUCCUCCUGCCCUCGCACCACCACCACCACCACCACCUCUCAACCCAACGCCCUUUCCCCCUACCCACUUCUCCCCUCCCUCCCAUCCCACCAAAGCAUCUCGUAUAUUUUUUCUUCGGACUCUGGACUGGCAUCUUUCUAACUCAGUAAUUAAAGAGUUGUUUGAGCAGUGCUCCGAGAAAUUGUAUGUAGAUUCUUAG